GGGACGCCUCGGCGAGGCGGAUCCAGGACAUCGCCUCAGAGGUGCUGCGGUUGCGCCUGGUGCAGUCCCAGCACCGCCAGCUGGAGGGCCAGCUAAAGGCGGCAGUGGAGAAGCUUCACCAGACGGAAGACAAGGUGGGCAACUUCUCGCACUACCUCGAGCAAGGCCUACGCCCUGGUGGAAGUGUGGGUACGCUGGGCGGCUCCUUUGCCGGGGUUGAGCCAGACAGCCUGCUGGGCUUGAUGGAAUGCCUGUGUGUGGUGUGCAACGCCCCACUUAGCUCCAGGAAGCAGGAGGAGCUGCUGGCCGCAACCCUGUGGCUUCUGCAGGACCCGAAGGCGCUGCUAGCGCGCCUCUCCGGCCUGCCGCCGGCGCCGAGCCUGCAGACCCGCAGGCUGGCUCCCUACCUGCUCAGCUGCGAGGGCAGCUGGCGAGGGCAUCUUACGGAGGCUGGGCAGUGCUACGAAGCUCUGCGUUCCUGGCUGUCCUGCUACUAUCAGUUCUCCCUGGUGAGCGACCAGAUGGAGGCCAACGCAGCGCAGCUCCGACGGCAGGAGCAGCUUCUGACCGAGCUCAGCAAGGAGGAUGGGGCAGG